AUGAAAUUUUCAACUACUAUCAUUCUUUCAGUUUUAACUGUAUUUGCUAUUGGAGCACCAGUGGAAGAAACCAAAAGAGAAGCUGAUGCCGAUGCCGUUGCUAAUGCUGAUGCCGAUGCCGAUGCUGGGUUUUUCAGAUGGCCAAAACUUCAAAGAUAUCAACCUAUGAAAAGAGAUGCUGACGCUGCCCUUGACUUUUUGAUGGAUUUCUACCAACAAUCCAAAAGGGAUGCUAAUGCCGAUGCCGAUGCUAACGCUGAUGCCGACUUCUUCAGAUGGCCAAAGCUCCAAAGAUUUCAACCCAUGAAGAGGGAUGCUAACGCUGAUGCUGAUGCUGAUGCUGAUGCUAGCUUUUUUAGAUGGCCAAAACUCCAAAGAUACCAACCUAUGAAAAGAGAUGCUAAUGCCGACGCUGACGCUGAUGCCGAUGCUGAAUUCUUCAGAUGGCCAAAGCUCCAAAGAUUCCAACCAAUGAAGAGAGAAGAAGAAGAAGCUCUCGUUCAGAUGAUGGAUUAUUUAAAACGCAUUUGA